ACAUUUUACACUGAACAUAUUAACGAUUGUGCUCUAAUUGAAACAACGCGACAGGCUGCACGUGCACGUGCACUUUCUAAUAUGAAGAGAGCGUGAAGCACUAUUUAUUGGUGUACUACAACAUCCACCGUCGCCUCUUUUGAAAGCGAGGCAGUGUAAACACAAGUCCAGGAACAUGAAAAGAUCGGGUGACAGUGAGGGGGAGAAGAGAAGAAAGAGGCAGAGGUUACUGCAGGAGUUGGGAGACCAGAAGAUUCCCUUUUUGGGACCUCCAGAUCAGGGUUAUCAGCAACUGUGGGACGCCAGUUACUCCGGCCUCGCUUUGAGGAGAUCCUGCUCGGUGCCUCCUGAGCUCCAUGGCCGGGUGCAGGCAGGUCUGCUCACCCUGAGAAGGAAGGGCUGCCUCCUGCGGGAUUUGGUUCGCAUCCGUGAGCGAGAUGUGUUCACCGUUGUUUCGCGGACUCUGCUGGGCGAGCCAGGCCACACCUAUCGCUAUCUGGACACUCGGCUCUUUGCCAUCCCCUGGCACAGCGAGGACCCUGACGUCAAAGGACAGAAUUGUUGCGACCCUGACUUGAGGGCUGCUUGCAAGGCAUUGUGGGAGCUAAACACCUUCUUCUGUUCGGAUGUGUCUCAGCUGAAGGAAGGAGACAGGCUAACGCAAAGUGCGAAGGGGGAGGCCAAACAGGGUGAAGAGGGGGACACGGGGUCUAAACACAGCGACGACUCCAAGAAUAGUGAAGGAGGCGACUCGGAGUCCCACAAAAGUGAGGAGGGGGACACGGAGUCCAAGCACAGUGAAGAGUGGGAUGUUGAGUCGAAACACAGUGAAGAAGGCUGCUCUGGGUCAAAACAAGAAGGGGAAUGGGAGAGUGAGUCCAAACACAGCAGUGAGGAAGGAGAGUCCUCCCAGGUCAAACCGAGUGAGACGGGUGUCUCAGCAGGGUCAGAGCACAAUGAAGGAAAACUCCCCGGCUGGGCGCCUAAGGCCAUCAGUGGCACACAGACUAUACCUGCGGGACUCGGGGCCAAGGGGAAACCAGUGGCCAAAAUGAAGCACAGCUUGUCAGAUCACCACAUUGAGGACGGGGAGGAACCAGCAAGCGGCCAGGGCUCUUCCCAGUCGAGUCCUCCGCCUGUAUGCACCGGUCCGGUCAAGUUCAAUGUCACAUUACUCAACUACAUGGACCCAGCAGCUAUGAGCCAGCUCAAAGAAGAGCCCUACUAUGGCAUGGGGAAAAUGGCGGUAGGGUGGCACCACGACGAGAACCUCAUCAGUCAUACACCAGUGGCUGUGUACAGCUAUAGCUGUCACAAUGACAAAGGUGAGAGCAGUGAGGGAGGCAGCGGUGAGAAGGCAUGCUGGAGGAUUGGGCUCAAGGUAGCCUGGGACAUCCACACACCUGGCCUGACGCUGCCACUGGAGUCUGGAGACUGCUAUUACAUGAGAGAUGACCUGAACAGUACCCACCAGCACUGUGUACUAGCUGGAGAGACGGCACGCUUCAGCUCCACACACAGAGUGGCUGAGUGUUCCAGUGGGACUCUGACCUACAUCCAGUCGCGGUGUCAUGAAGCUCUGUCCAACCUGCGCACUGACCUCGAGACGGGCUCCCACAGCCUGCUGGCCCUGCUGCCGACAACGCUACAGCACUGUGAGGAGAUUCACAAUGAGGUGGAGUUCGAGUGGCUGCGGCAGUACUGGUUUCAGGGCCAGCGCUUCGCCCGCUUCUGCAGCUGGUGGACCAGACCGAUGGAGCAGCUGGAGAAGGACUGGAAGCUCAUGGAGACGAUGACUAUGCUCUUCCUGAAUAUAUUGGAGUUGGAGAAGGGAGAGGUCCAGGAAGGAGAGGGAAGAAGGGAGAUGGCAGAAACCCUCCUGUCGGCCUUGACAGACAGACACCAGCAAAGACAGACAUGGAGAGACAGGUGCCACUCAAGUCUGGCCCAGACAUUACCCCCUGAGGAGGCCCCAGUGGACCGGCCCUUCUGGGGUGUGGAUGACCCCAGCAUGCCGCUGCCCUUUGAUCUGGCUGACAUCAUCAACAGAGUGGAGUCACUGCUCUGGAGGAUGUGAAGGAUGGAUCGAUGACGUGAGGAAGACGAGAAAAAACCCACCAGCUUUUCGGGAAUGCCCCCCCUCCCACCCCCGCAUCAGCUGAGGGGACAGACCACUGACGACACCUUUGUUUGUGAUCCCACCCAGAUUGAUUUCCUUAUGAUUGGUUCAUCCACAUUUCCCCCUUCCUCCCCCCUCCCCCCUCCACUACCCCAGCUGACCCCGGCAGCUUCAGUUGGCUGGACUGACUCCAGACCAGCUCUAUAGAACCAGAAUAGUGCUUCAGUAACAUGCUAACAACGCAAGCUUAGCGACAAGCUAGAGUCACAGCGGUCUAACGUAACAUAAGUGGAGCCUGUAUUUCAGUGUCGGCAUACAUCGUGUUACUAUUUAUUAUUUCCGUGUAUUCUGUUACUUACUCUCAUGUAACCAGUACAUGCUUCAUGCCGCUCAGUAGUCUGAGUAAAGUACUUAUAUGUUUUCUAUUUCUUUUCUGUUAUAAUACAGUAUAGAAGGGUUAACACAUUGCAUUCUUCACUUGUGUAACCCCCUUUUCUUGUGUUCAGAAAUGGAAUGAGCCUGAAGAGACCAAAGAAAGAUUAUUUGAAGAAAGUUCUGAAUGUGACCCAAUAGAGAACAUGAAGAAUGCGUUGUUCAGUGUUUACAGUGUGCUUGUGUGUGCCAUAUGGAGGUGUGUGUGUGUGUGUGUUUGUACGUGUGCAUUUAGCCAUGUGAUGAACAUACAUGUGACGAGUCGUCGGCCUGUGUGUUUGUGCACGCUCACUCUCCCACGUGUCUACAUGAAGGCGAGUGUGUAUGAAUGUGAUAGUGUGUGUGUGCGCCUGUAGGCAGCCUGCCAGUUGUUUGUUCUUGAAGAUAUGCAUAUGGAGAAACAGAGAGUAGCAGCGGGGCCCCUCUGCCUCUGCUCUGAUGAAAGGCAGCACUGAUGGAAUGACCCGGAACACAACCGCCGUUUCUCAUAAUUACAGCUGUUCAAUCGCUUUUAAUUACUCUUAAAGUGUGUAGAGCACCACGUUCCCCUGUAAUGCUGCGGGCCAUGAGAGAGAGAGAGAGAGAGAGAGAGAGAGAGAGAGAGAGGGAGAGAGAGAGAGAUCCGGCACUUCUGACAAAAUCCACUUUCAAAACAGCUAAGAAGGGUGGAAAAGGGGGCCGACGUCAAAGCAGUGUAGCAGCCCUCGUCGUUUGAUUCCCUUUCUCUAUCUAGUUCAUGAUGAAGUAGAGAUUCUGUUUACUAUUAAAAAUGCAGAAUGCACUCCUUUUUUUUUUUACUUCUGAAGUGUUUUCCAAGAUGUUAAUGGUUGCCAAACGCUGUUCUCGCUUCUUCUUUCGCUGCGUCUCUCUUGUUUGUUGUUGUCAGAGAGAUUUGUUUGUAGAUCGGCAGUAGCGUCGACUUGUUUGAAUCACUCUGUGCUCCCCGCGCCACAGCUCGUCUCUCUGAAGCAAUAGGAAUGGCAGUAAAUAAAUAAAAAAGUGUGUUUAUCCAA